AGAGAGUUUUUAAGAGAGCAAAAGCAGAACAUCAUGGCAGAAGGUGAAGGACAAAAUAAUGCACGCACUCUUGGUUCAUAUGCUACCCCAUCUCUUGAAGGAAUAGCAUCCAGCAUUAGGAGGUCAGCGAUUCAAGCCAAUAACUUUGAAAUCAAACCAGCUAUCAUUCAAAUGAUCCAACAAACUGUCCAAUUCAGUGGUUUGCCUAAUGAAAAUCCUUAUUCGCAUAUUGCUAGUUUUCUUGAAAUUUGCAAUACUUUUAAGGCUAAUGGUGUUAGUAAUGAUUCUGUUAGGCUUACAUUAUUUCCAUUCUCUUUGCGUGAUAAAGCCAAGAGUUGGCUUCAAUCUUUUCCUGCAGCUAAGUUGAGAAAUGACAUUACUACUUUUGUUCAAUUUGAUAAUGAGUCAUUAUAUGAGGCAUGGGAAAGAUUUAAGGAAUUGGUUAGGCAAUGUCCAAAUCAUGGUUUACCUGUUUGGCUCCAAGUGCAGACUUUUUAUAAUGGUAUGACUCCUCCUAAUCGUUCUAUAAUUGAUACAGCUGCAGGGGGUAAUCUUAUGAAUAAGACAGAGGAGGAUGGUUAUAAGCUGUUAGAUGAAAUGGCCUCUAAUAGCUAUCAAUGGACUAAUGAUAGAGCUAUCGAAAAGGGAGUUGGUUUACAUGAUGUUGAUGCUUUUACUUCUUUAUCUGCUCAAAUUUCUGUUUUGAAUAAAAAGUUAGAUAAUUUAGGAGCGUCAGCAAUGAGUAUUUCAUCUAAUAGUUGUUGUGAAUUAUGUGGGCAAUUUGGUCAUGCUAGCGUUGAAUGUCAAGUAGGCAAUUCAGUUCAAUCUUCUAAUGAGCAAGCUAAUUUUGUUUCUUCUGGUGGUAGGUCUAAUUUUAAUCCAUACUCCAAUACCUACAAUCCAGGAUGGAGGAGCCAUCCUAAUUUUUCAUGGAGUAAUAAUCAAGUGAGAGUACCACCCGGUUUUCAGCAACAAAAUCAACAAGAAAAGAAGCCAAAUUUGGAGGAGUUGGUGCACAAAUUUAUUGCUGAUAUGGUUUCUGGAAAAGUUCAAGGGGGUUUGCCAAGCAAUAGUGAAAAGAAUCCAAGGGAGCAAUUGAAGGCUAUCACUUUGAGGAGUGGAAAAGAACUUAAAGAGGUAGGACAAUCUAAUGGGAAAGAAGAAGGUGUGGAAGCUGGUGAAUCAAAGCAAGAGAAGGAGCCUAAAAGACUUUUUCAUGAUCCGAAUGUCAAGCCUUACAAGCAGAAAAUCCCUUUUCCUCAAAGAUUUUUGCAAGCUAAUUUAGACAAGCAGUUUUCUAAAUUUUUAGAGAAUAAGUUACCUCCUAAGUUGAAGGAUCCAGGGAGUUUUUCUAUUCCUUGUAUUAUUGGCAAUGUUAAUUUUGAUAAGGUUUUGUGUGAUUUGGGUGCUAGUAUUAAUUUGAUGCCUUUUCAUGUAUUUAGGAAACUUGGAUUAGGAGAACCUUCACCUACCACAGUCUCUCUUCAAUUGGCAGAUAGGAGUAUUAAAUAUCCAAGAGGAGUGGUAGAGGAUGUUUUGGUAAGGGUUGAUAAAUUUAUUUUCCCUGUUGACUUUAUUGUUCUUGACAUGGAAGAGGAUUUUGAAAUGCCUUUAAUUUUUGGGAGACCAUUCCUUGCUACUGGUAGAGCUCUUAUUGAUGUUCAACAAGGGAAACUUAGCCUUAGAAUACAUGAUGAGGAGAUUGUUUUUAAUGUGUUCGAUGCUAUGAAAAAUUGCGAUUAUGAUGGCAAUGCUGUUUUAAGGAUUGAUGUGGUUGACAAUGUAGUGGCUGAAAAUUUUAAUGCUUUUAGAUUAGAUGAUCAUAUUGAUAAUUGCAUUGUUAAUGCUUUGGAUGUGAAAGCUGAUAGUGUAGAUAAUGACAUUUUGGAGGCAGUAGCUAUUCUUGGAGAAAAAUGCCAUAGGCAGCAACAAAAAGGAGGGAAUUUUCUGCCCUUAGAUGCAUCGUCCACUAUGACAAUCAAGCCAUCUAAAGAGGAGCCCCUUACUCUUGAAUUAAAACCUCUUCCUUCUCAAUUAAAGUAUGUUUAUUUGGGUGAUUCAAAUACCUUACCUAUUAUAUUUUCUACUUUUUUGACAGGAAUAAAGGAGGAGAACCUCUUAAGGGUGUUGCGAGAACACAAAGGAGCCAUAGGAUGGAGCAUAGUGGAUAUCAAAGGAGUUAGCCCUUCGGUUUGCAUGCAUAAAAUUCUGCUGGAGGAGGGGCACAAGUCGAUUGUUCAGCCUCAAAGACGCCUUAAUCCUAACAUGCAAGAGCUGGUCCAAAAGGAGAAAAAGAAGUUCUUUUUUGAUAUUAAACAUUAUUUGUGGGAGGAACCAUUUCUUUACAAGAUAUGUGGCGAUGGAAUGAUUCAGAGAUGUGUACCACAAGAAAAGGUAGAUGCGAUAUUGACUUUUUGUCAUGACAAAGAAGCUGGUGGUCAUUUUAGUGCCUCUAAAACAGCAUCUAAGGUUUUGCAAUGUGGAUUUUAUUGGCCUUCUUUAUUUAAAGAUGCUUACGCUUAUGUGAGUGCAUGUGACCAAUGCCAAAGAACUGAUUUCAUGGGUCCUUUUCCUUCAUCUUUUGGCAAAGCAUAUAUUCUUGUUGCGGUAGAUUAUGUGAGUAAAUGGGUAGAUGCUGUUGCAUGUCCUACUAAUGAUGCUAGGGUGGUGGUUAAAUUUUUGAAGAGUAAUAUUUUCACUAGAUUUGGCACACCUAGGGCUUUUAUUAGUGAUGGAGGUAAACACUUCUGUAAUAGGCAAUUUGAAAAUUUAUUGGCUAAAUAUGGUGUUACCCAUAAAAUUGCUACUCCAUAUCAUCCUCAAACAAGUGGACAAGUUGAGGUGUCUAAUAGGGAAUUGAAAAGAAUUUUGGAAAGAACAGUUAACUUGUCUAGAAAAGAUUGGUCACUCAAAUUAGAUGAUGCACUUUGGGCUUAUAGGACAGCUUACAAAACCCUGAUAGGUAUGUCUCCUUAUAGGUUAGUUUUUGGUAAGGCUUGUCACCUUCCUGUGGAACUUGAGCAUUAGGCAUAUUGGGCUAUGAAAUACUUGAAUUUUGAUUUGAAAGAUGCAGCUCAAAAUUUAGUAAUACCUUGAUGAAAGUACUUGAGAGAGUUGAUUUUAUAAUGGUUUGGUUGGAAAUUAUAUGCAUCUUGUGAGUAGGUUCCAUUGUUUCUAUGAUGACUAUCUUGUCUAAUUAUCCUUGGAAACUGCUUUGAAAAAAAAAAAAGAGUCAAAUGUUUUGUGGCCUUUGUUACUUGAGUAAGUAUGCUCUUAGGGGUGUCUCUUCACCUAGUGCCCUAAAGCCAACUGGUUUGGAAGUCAUUGGCAAAAAGCUCGUUACAUGGGUAACUUAGAAAGCCUAAGGAAACUUGACAAGAAAAGAAAAGAAAAAAAAGAAGGAAUA